GGGAAUUUUAAAUGAGCGGUCGGGAUUAACUUGGCCGCCAUUGCCAAGUGUACAUCUUCCCUGUUUAGAAAGAUAGGCUCUGACCUCGGAUCUUUCCGAGUAUAGAUUUCAUGUCAAUAAUGCGCAGCUCGUCCACACUCCUCCUACGUAUCUCGUCGUAUCUUCUCCCCUAUCCUAGGGUUUCCAGCGAUCGGUGAUCGAUCAAUUGGUCACAGCAUGGAGAAUGGCUACUCUUCCAAAUCGCUUCCGCUGGACGCGCCAGCGGGCAUCCGGAUCCGCGGGCCUCUCUCGGAUCCCUCCCUCAACCGGAUCCUCAGCCGCGAGGCGCUCCAGUUCGUGGCGGAUUUGGAGCGCGAGUUUCGCCCGCGCGUGAAAUUCAACCUGGGAUGCCGGCGGGAGGAGCAAGCGCGCUACGAUAGCGGCGAGCUGCCAGGGUUCGAUCCAGCCACGCGGGAGCUCCGCGAGGGCGAUUGGAGCUGCUCCAAGACGCCGGCCGUGAUCGCGGAUCGCCGGGUGGAGAUCACUGGCCCCGUGGAGCGCAAGAUGAUCAUCAAUGCCCUCAACUCGGGCGCCAAAGUUUUCAUGGCCGAUUUCGAGGAUUCCCUCUCUCCAACCUGGGACAACAUCGUGCGCGGCCAGAAGAAUCUCUGCGACGCUGUGAAUCGAUCCAUCUCCUUCGAGGACAAGGCCAGGAACAAGCACUACAAGCUCAAUGACAAGACCGCGGUGCUCUUCGUCCGCCCCCGCGGCUGGCACCUCCAGGAAGCCCACAUCGAGAUCGAUGGCGAGCCCGCCACUGGCGCGCUCAUCGAUUUCGGCCUCUACUACUUCCACAAUCACUCCUCCUUCCGAUCCAAGCACGACGGCUAUGGCCCCUUCUUCUACCUCCCAAAGAUGCAGCACUCGCGCGAGGCCGCGGUGUGGAACGCCGUGUUUGAUCGAGCCGAGGAGAGGAUGGCCGCGCCGCGCGGUAGCAUCCGCGCGACGGUGCUGAUCGAGACGCUGCCGGCGGUGUUCCAGAUGCACGAGAUCCUCUACGAGCUGCGCGAGCACUCGGCCGGAUUGAAUUGCGGGCGCUGGGACUACAUCUUUAGCUUCGUCAAGACGGUGCGCGCUCACCCCGAUCGACUGCUGCCCGAUCGCUUCCAGGUGGGGAUGACCCAGCACUUCCUCAAGAGCUACACGGAGCUGCUCAUCAAGACGUGCCAUCGCCGCGGUGUCCACGCCAUGGGAGGAAUGGCCGCGCAGAUCCCCAUCCGCGACGAUCCCGCCGCCAACGACACCGCCUUCGAGCUCGUCCGCGCGGACAAGCUCCGCGAGGUGAAGGCCGGGCACGAUGGAACCUGGGCGGCGCAUCCCGGACUGAUCGAGCUGGUGACCAAGGUCUUCGACGACAACAUGCCGCGCGCCAACCAGCUCCACAUCAAGCGUGACGACGUGCACGUCACGGAGGCCGACCUCCUCCAAAUGCCGCGCGGCGUGAGAACCCUAGAGGGCCUGCGCCACAACACACGUGUCGGCAUCCAGUACCUCGCCGCGUGGCUCACGGGGACUGGCUCCGUACCGCUCUACAAUCUCAUGGAGGACGCGGCAACGGCGGAGAUUAGCCGGGUCCAGAACUGGCAGUGGAUCAAGUAUGGCGCCGUGCUGGAUGGCGAGAUCGUGGCCGUCAGUGUGAGCAAGGAGCUAUUUGGGCGAGUCGUGGAGGAGGAGAUCGGGAGGAUCGAGAGAGAGGUGGGGAAGAAGAGGUUUGAGAGUGGGCGAUAUCGUGAGGCCGCGGCAUUGUUUGCGAGGCAGUGCACCAAGGAGGAUCUGGACGAUUUCCUCACGCUGGAUGCGUAUCGACGCAUUGUCAAGUUUGUGCCAGCGCUCCAGGCGCGUUUGUAGAGGGUGAUCUUUGGAACUUUGGAAUAAGAAUAAGCCUCUCUUUCGUA